GCACGGGAUCGUGAAGGAGAUCAAGCACCACUCGCCUGACCUCAUCUGCCUGCAGGAGGUGGACAACCAUGCGGAUCUAUGUGGAGCGAUGAGCAAGCUGGGCUACGACAGCAUCUUCCAGUGUCGCACGGGAGGCAACAAGGAUGGCUGCGCUAAUUUCUGGAAUACCAAGAGGUGGUCGUGUGUUGACUUCCAGUCCAUUGAGUUUGCAGCUGUGGGGCUGAGGGACAAUGUUGCCCUGCUCACUGUGCUCAAGUUAAUUGGAGAACACAAGGAAGGAGAAGGAGUCGAGGAACUGGAAGAAGGAGAAGAGAGAGACGAAGAGAAUAGCAGCUGCCUCGUUCUGGCCAACAUUCACGUGCUCUUCAACCCGAAGCGAGGAGACAUCAAGCUGGCUCAGAUGUCACGGCUCCUGUCUGCCGCCCAUCAGCUAUCCGAGAAGCACGGAAGCUGCCCGGUCGUGGUGUGCGGGGAUUUCAACGCCACUCCUGCGAGUGCACUCUAUGACUUCAUCGCUUCAUCACAG